GCGACCUCUCCUCUUGGCGUGACGUAUAGGAAAUUGCAAAUACAAAUUUCAAACGGGAUCCGACGCCGAUGGCAUAUUGCAAUUUGUUAUAUUAAUUCAUAUAAUUGUGUUGGAAAUAAUAAGUGGUGGUCCUUAGUGAUAUAACGUCAAUUAUUUCUACUAGUAACGAGAAGGAACGAUGGAACCAAUGGCACUUGGGAGCCCUGUUGGAUCUCCGGCCGCACCUCAACAUACUCCGCCAGUCAGUAGUACUGCUGCCAGUACAUUUAUUCCGUCUUAUUUGAUGGGAGACAUUGCUUCUCCUGCUGCUACAAGUGGAAGGGUUGUUGGAAGUGGAGGUACCAGUCCAAACAAAACUACCCGUCAAUUUUCAUCGUCAGCAGCAGUUUCCACCCCUGGCUCUCCACAACCCAGUAAAGAUCCAUUUUUCCCAUCAAGACUUGGACAAGACAAGCCAGGUGGACCUCCUACACAAAGCCUAAUGGGAAUACGGGCUCCACCAACUUUACCACAGUCCCCUAUUCCAUCACACAUUGGUAGUCCCUUCGUCGAUAAUACCCAAGGUACCCCUGUUAUGGGAUAUGCAAGUCAAGGAACUCCCAUUACUGGGUAUAGCACUCCAUUAGGUCCACCAUCCCAACCUGUGUAUAGUCCAGCCUUUACACCUUCCAGAGAUCACACGAGUUUUCUAGGCUUAGAUGCCCAACCGGCACAUGAGGCAUUAGAAGAUACUUGGGUGACUGUCUUUGGAUUUCCUGUUCCAGCAGCAUCGUAUAUUUUGACUCAGUUUGCUCAGUUUGGUACGAUAACAGAACAUCAAAUGCCAGGCACUGGUAACUGGAUGCACCUCAAGUAUCAGACAAAGUUGCAAGCUAGGAAGGCCUUAAGCAAAAAUGGGAAAGUAUUUAGUGGAAAUAUUAUGGUUGGUGUUGUCCCAUGUAGUGAUAAGACAUUAGCCGUAGACAAGGAAAAUAAUGUUAGUGGUAUCAUGUCUCCACAAACUGCAAGUUUGCCAGGAACUCCUAAAGCCAGCAUGCGACCACUCACUCAAGCUUAUCAAACUGCACAUGCAGAGCAUGAGGUUACUCCAAAGAUUAACACCCCAAAGAAGAGUGAUGGCCUGGUUGCUCGAGCAAUGCAACAUAUAUUAGGUUUAUAAUAUCAUCAUAGCAAUUAAUAGUUAGCCUCUUUUACUGUUGUGGGUGCUCAUGUAUGAAAUUUGUAAGUACAGCAGUUCCAUUUUUCUUAUUUCAGCAUUAUCGAAUGUUCAAUACCCACUGAAUUGUUUUUGAAGUUUGAUUGUAAAGAUCUUGUUAUUAAUUUGUUCCACUCUUCACGAAUUUAACCUUAUUGUUUAUGACGUCCUGUAACAAUUUUAAAAGAUGAAUGUUUCAAUAAAGUUGUUUUUAAUG